UCCUCAUUUAAUCAACUCGAGGCUGGAAAAAAAAACUCUCUCUUAAAACUGCUAAAAAUAAACAGAGCACAAACAAGUCAACGUUGCAGGAUCAAGCUGUGUUUGGGAGCAGAAGCAGGUCAGGAGGAGGAACCUGAGGGCACAUGAAUACUGGAAUUGUAAAGGCAAGUCAGGAAGUUAAUGGAGAAAAUGACCCUCGCCCCCUUCCCCCCCACACAGUUUACUGAAGCUCGGUGCCAGUUCAGAUCGGUAGACACACAUCUAUGUUUACUGUAUAUGUCCACAUGGAGGUGAAUGUGGACUUUUCAAGCAUGUCAGCGUCUGGUAUGUUUACAGGCAUCUCUCUCUUUAUGACGCCCGCUUUGCCUUUGCUUCCUUGCACAUACCUGUACAUCCUGGCUUAUACAUAUUUCCACAUGCACAGUGAGUUUGCACAUCACCACAUACCCAAAGGAAAAAACCUGUGGCAAACACACGUUGCAUUAGUUCUUUGGCAUGUCUGUGUCUCAGACUGAGAGGUCUGUGUUCCACGUAGGCUGCUGAUGUGGAGCCGUUGCUUUACCCCCUGAGCUGCACAUAGAAACACAAACACCUCCACUUUCGCUGCACUUUCUGCUUUGUGUCUCAAACAAGAGCUGCCUUGUGUUUACUUUAUUUCUCCCCUGACGAGUUUCUCUCUGAACUUGACCUUCAUUCGUGACCUUGUCGCCACCAAGGCGCACAGACGUGUGCUGGGUGAAUCAGAUCUCAGUUUAGGCUUUAAUUUAGUUUGGGAUUCAGAUGGGUGUGUCAGAGCGGCAUCGUCUCAGCGUUAUCCGUUCGCUGGAUUUCCAAAGUUUUCAGAAGGAAAUUGCCUUUUUCCACUUCAUGUGCUUAUUAAGGCAAAGAAGCUUAAUGUUUGUGAAGCAGCUUUGUGGAAGCUGUAGACAUAUGAGUAGCAAAAUAAAUUGAAUCGUGCUUAAAAACUCCUGAACUAGAGUCUGACGGCUAUGGGUCACAGAGAGCUGCUUGUUCUUCUACUUUCGCUUCCUAUUAGCACCUUAAACAGCAACAUGUACGUGGCCCAGGUGAAGGAAAGAUCUGCUGCCAGGAAGAUUUACGACUCUGCUAAGAAGCAAGGAAAAGCAGCCGGACUUGUUGCAACCAAAGAGAGGGAGACGGAGCGGUUUCGCGUGGCUGUGAGUGUGCCAUCCGGAGCUCACAUGUCCUUCUCUCUUACCUACGAGGAGCUGUUGCCUCGUCGCCUUGGACGCUACGAGCUCAGUUUGGGCCUGAGGCCUGGACAACUGGUCCAAAACCUGACAUUAGACGUUAGCAUCUUUGAGAGAUCAGGCCUCGGAUUUGUCAAAGUGCUUCCUCUCAGGACAAGUCGACUGUUGUCCAACAUCACUGAAGGUGAAUCAGACGCUCCUGGCUCCACUCACAUUGAGAGCAGCCCUAAUUGUGCUCGGGUUCGCUACACUCCCACACUGCAGCAGCAGAACAGCAUCAGCUCCCGGGCCCUGGACGCAGACUUCAUCAUUCAGUAUGAUGUAGAUCUCAGAGACCCGCUGGGUGAAAUCCAGGUGUACAAUGGCUACUUUGUACAUUACUUCGCGCCCAGAGGCCUUCCUGUGGUUCCUAAGGAUGUUAUAUUUGUCAUUGACAUCAGUGGGUCAAUGAUAGGCACCAAGAUGAAACAGACAAAACAGGCCAUGUGCACCAUCCUGGGGGAUCUGAGGGAGGGGGAUCACUUCAACAUCAUCACUUUCUCAGACAAGGUUCACACUUGGAAGAAAGGACCAGCAGUGCGGGCAACACGUCAGAAUGUAAAAGCUGCUCGAGACUACGUGAAGGCGAUAAUAGCAGAAGGAUGGACCAACAUCAACGCAGCUCUGCUCUCAGCUGCCCAGCUCAUCAACCCUCCAUCAUCUGACUCCUCCAACCAUUUGUCGUCCCGUCGUGUCCCUUUGAUAAUCUUUCUCACUGACGGUGAGGCGACCAUUGGCGUAACGGCUGGUGACACCAUCCUCAGCAAUGCCAAGAAUGCUUUAGGCACGGCUUCUUUGUUCGGUCUGGCCUUUGGAGACGAUGCAGACUUUCUCCUCUUGAAACGCCUGGCUCUGGACAACCGAGGCGUGGCUAGGAUGGUUUAUGAGGACGCUGAUGCAGCCUUGCAGCUAAAGGGUUUCUAUGAUGAAAUUGCCAGCCCCUUGCUCUCAGACAUCCAGCUGACUUACCUGGAGGAUCAGGCAUUCGACGUCACACGCUCAAUGUUCCCCAACUACUUUCAAGGCUCUGAGUUGGUGGUGGCAGGAAGGGUCAAACAAGGAGCAAAAGGUCUGAAGGUGUCGAUGUCUGCCAGCAAUUCAAAGCAGCGUGUUGAGUUGGAGAACAGUGUGCUGAUCUCCAAUGUGAAGGGGAACAGGAGCAUGUCUGCUGCCGACUGUUCUGGAGAUUUGGAAGGACUCUCCAGGAUUGUACAUCGUCUUUGGGCGUAUUUCACCAUCAAAGAGCUGCUACUCGCUAAAAUCAACACGAAUGAUCCUGCAGCACAGAGGCUACUGGCAGAGAAGGCCACUGACCUCUCUCUCAAAUACAACUUUGUAACACCAGUCACAUCUUUAGUCAUCGUCAAGCCAGACACAGAUGAGGCAGCUCAAUCCCAAACCACGGAGAAACCCUGCCCUGCAGCAACUACAGCUACAGCAGCUACUGCUGCUGUCAAAACAGCUUCUGGUGCUGUAAAGAUGCUCAGUUCUCCUCUGAACCUCAGGCCUGUCAAAACAAAACCCCACCCUCCUCGUCCCCCACAGUUAAGAAAAAGAGUUAUCGCACCAUACGUAGCAAGAGCAGUGCUUAUACCCUCCAAGAACACUAUAACCUCAGGUCCAACAAAGCCCCUGAAUGACUCUGUAACAGACAUUUCCCCUCCUCCUCCCACUCCUGUUCCUCCUUCUCCUCAUGUUGGGAAGAUUGCUCCAUCACUGCUUCAUGCCCUAAAAACAGCACUACCUCCUGCACCUGCCCAUGUCUCCACCCAUCAUCACAGCAGCACAACCUCGUCUGAGAUAACAUAUACCACCAGACCUCCACCGGGUUCAGUCAGAACAGCCCCUGCAGCCCUGCCUGGGAGACCCCUCACCUCACAGCUCAGCAAAGCAAAUAUAGGCGUCCCCCCUUUAAGAGGGGUUGUAUCCUCUAAAGAGGCAGGGAUCGGGACAACAUCUGCUCCAGAUGCUCCCCUGUCUGAGGUUACUACCGCUCUGCCUGAGCUGCCCUCUCUGCUCACGUUUCCUACCCCGAUCCCAGUUCCGGCUGUGGAGCACAACAACGGGAAACCCAGCUCUGACCCAGAUGUGAGUAUCGCCACCCUCGUGUCAGCCACCUUCGCUCCCAUGCCUGGUGCAACAGAUGGACCGCGACCAUGGGAAGCGGCGGGGCUCCUGGACUAUGAUGCUACGUACGACUAUGACUAUGACCUCAACUAUGACAGCUGGAAGGACACUGCAGACACAGAGUCAUUUGUAUCUACGUCCAAAUUGAACACCAUCGGGGUCUUCUCCUCAUCAGUUGAUGGAGAUCCUCAUUUUGUGGUUGAGCUACCAAAGGUGCACCAGAGCCUUUGUUUUACACUGGAUGGUCAUGGUAACGAUGUCAUCAGACUGUUAGAGGACCCAGACCGAGGGAUCACUGUGGACGGUCGCCUGGUGGAGGCGCCUUCCAAGCACAAUGCAGAAACCCGCCCACGGACCUACUUUGACCUGCUCACCGUGUUUUCAGUCACAGCUGGCUCUGGUGGCAUCAUGAUCACGGUGUCUCUGGAUGCUGUAGUAGUGGAAGGAGAAGGGCGGGACACGCUUCUCGUCAGUCAGCAGGGAUCUGUGACAAGGCAGGGGGUUACAGUCUCUGUGGACACCCACCGGACCUGCUGGAUAGAGUUUGCCUAUAAUGUGCGCUUCCUUAUCCUGUUCCACUACUAUAAACACCCCAGCUACCUCCAGAUGGCUCACCUGGGUUUCUAUAUCACAGAGGGUCAAGGACUUUCGGCUUUGACCCAAGGACUGUUAGGCCAGUUUCAGCAUGCUGACAUGACUGUAGAGGUGGUAAAGGAUGAUGUGGCUGCAGUUGCUGACCAGGCUGAUAAGCACAGACCUUCAGCCAGGGGAAUCCUGAAGUGGGGUUCCGAGCACAUGCCAGUCACUUUGCAGAACAAACUGCUGAAAGACACGGUGAGGAAACGCCACCUCAGCAAGUGUUGGGUGGUGCCCAAGGCUGCGGUACAGAGACUCCUAGGUCAUUCAUAUCAGAGCUACAUUGUGGAUCGUGUGUAAUUCCAGAUGAGUCAACUCCACCUCGUGGCUCAGGUCUCAGCUAUUAUCGUGGCCUGGUUAUUCGACAAAGAAUGAACUGGAAAUCCACAAUAAUGAAUUCACAAAUCACAUUGCCUCCGUGAAAAGGGCUGUCUCAUAUUCCACGAGGAAAAGACAAACUCAAACAACAGGUGUAGUCCCAUAAGAGGUGGAGAAAAUGGAGGAACAAUGAGGAUGGUACUGCAAAAAUAGUGAAGUAUUGAGUGAUGCCUUUCUCAUCCACUUCCUCACGCUUGAAGCUCUGUAUCUACGACAGAGAUGCAAUGUUCUCAUGGUAACCACAAAAUAUCCAUUUGUCCUUUGCUUGCUCCCAAACUGACAAAGAGGACAUUUAUCAGAUCAGUCUCUGCUCUCUAAGUGGGAUGACUUGUUUGACAGUUGUAUUUUCUAGUUAAUAUAAAAUACUAUUACUACAUGUAUAGAGAUAAUAUUUUAGUAAUAAUUGCAUUGAUCUUGUUUCCCAUAACAAACAGCCAACAGGUGUUGUAGGUUUGCCAUGUGCUUUUUAUUUUCUAUCAUUUCAUUCAUAGUUUAAUUUGUUCUAUUUGUUACACAAGACGUUAGGCAUUUUUACAUACUAGUGAUCAAACAAGGACAGUAAGAUUUUCUACUACUCAGCCUGAACUAUGUUGUCAGUUUCAAAAGGUUCAAAAGGCCAAACUGGAUGAAAAUCAAACCAGUACAAACACACACAAGGUUUUUUUUAAUAAAUAAAAAAGAGAAGACAGAAUCUGAAGAUGGGCUUUAAACAGUAGAUGGGUUUCCAGUUUUUCUCUGAUAUCGUAGCGUGUUGAAGACCAAGCACACUCACACACGCAUGCAAACCCACACACAAGGCUGCACUGAAUACACAGCUGCUGUCGACCUCAGCUCUGUGUCAGAGUAGCUAAUAACCAUAUUAACUCAGGAAUGAUCACUAAACAAGGUAAACAGAGGUCAUGACACAGCAAAUAAAAAAAGAUAGGAUUUCUUUGUGCAUCACUUUAUCUUCAUAUCAUAAUCAGCAUCUGACGUAACUUUUCCAUGAAACGUCAGUGGAAUUUCAACGAAUACAGGAGAACAGCAAAACACGUGACACCCCAGACAUGCAGUAACUUUUGUUGCUAGGGGAUUAGUUGUGGUUGAUCAAGGGACGAGUCUGGUUCGGUGUCAUUGUCCAGUAGCUGGAAGGUUCUUUCACCCAGUGUGCUUGGUUUGAUGGACACCGCCUUCUGUAGUGUUCAGACAGAGCAAAAUGCACUGCUGGAAUGAAAUCAACGCUCCCAGUGAUCGACCAACAACGGCACAACAAGACUCUACCCAUCUCCAACCACUUGGUACAACAUGGCAGUGAAUUUGGAGAUCAGACCCAAGUUAAGGCUACAAUCAAAUAAAUGAUUCUUCUGGGACGGGAUACUUUUGUUAUGCUACAAAGCCUUUUCAAGUUAUAGAAUCCAGGUUUUUCCACCAGGUUUUCCUUCCCAGCUACUUUCUCACUAAGGGGAUCUAACUGAUGUACACACAGGUUGGACCAGUAACCAGUACAGUGUGCUGCUUCCACUAUGAGCUGAACUUUUCUUCCAUUGCUGACCUCUCACAUUCCACACAUACAUUCUUUUUGCCACUGCUAAGUUUCCUUGUAUUUGAUGAUGUGCAGUUUGCCUUGCUUGUUUGCAUCACUUACUCUAAAAUUUCUGUUAAAAUACUCCCCCAAACACAGACUAUCUUCCUGCCUCGCUAGCUCCUGAUGUUCAGACUUUCUAGCUCCAUCAUAAUUUCAGCUUGUAAAAUCUGCACCAAACUCGUAGAAAUCAAACUCUUCAAUAAUUUAAAAUGUUAGAAACUAUUUAAAUUCAAAAAUGACAUCACACAACAGAGAAAAACAAAGAACGCGGUUUUGUGGAGGGUGGGGUCAGUUAAUAGCCACUGGUUAGCUCGCCCACUAGCACAGGGAACACAACAGCAUCGCAAAGUGAGCCCAUUUAUAUUUAAUGUUUGAAUCACAUUAUUUGCCUGACCAACAGAUUUUGCCAAAAGGAGCAGCGCUAUUGAAGAAACACAGGUAAAAGACCAAGUAAGAGAAAAGUGUAAGCAGGGUUAACGAUGAGGGAAAUGGUCCAGCUUUCAUUCCGCAGUGUCCUUUGGGUCUAUGUACAAUACUACUGUGUGUAAAAGAUGCAUGCGUGUCUGCUGGAGGUGGCCCUACAGAGGAGGCUGCACUGAGCAGGUCUCCAUGUCAGAGCACCUCUGACCUCUGAGACAGAUGGUACAGAAACACUGACAUGUUUCAAACAUCAGCAAUGACAAGUAAUAAAUUUACCUCGAAUGAUAAGAGUUAAGACAUGAUUAUGUGUGGAAUGAAAGACCAUAUCAACCCUGCUUUACAGUGACAGAUAUAAGGAGUGCGAGUAUUUGAACGGUUUGUAUGUGUGUGUUCAAGUGUGUGUGUGUGUG